CUCUCAUACACAAUAACAAACCAUUGGCAUGCUUCGAUCUUGAUAAUGUCUUAGCAUCACUUCGUCGAUCCAGUUUUGUUCGGUGCGAAUACGACGCGACAACGACACAGCAUGGCAUGGCAUGCCAAAACUCUUGGAUCCUGUAGCCCGCCCGUUCUUCGUCUCGAGAUGGGGAAUUGGCACUGGCACUGGCACUUGCAAUGCACCUUGAUGGCUUCGAGAGAGUAUAUAUAGACCUACCUGAAUCCUUUCCAUUGUUUUUCUUUUGUCUCGAUAGGCCCUAUGAAUGACUCCUUUGUUCCGAAUCUACUGACAGUGUCAUACUAUUGUUCUCAUCCCGAACUGGCUUCAUUGUCAUUAUCACUGCGAUUGUCAUUGUCAUACUGGCCGACCCCGAGGCCUCAUUGUGGAAUUUGUCCAAUCGCCCCCAACGCAAAGCCGAAGCACGAAUUGCCCUCUCCAUACUGAUACAACCAGACCAAUUCCAGGACAGAUCAAUACCUCAUCCAACCUUUGACAGCAACGGCAACCGAUUCCAAUACCGAAUAGACAGGCGCAGUCUCGACUUUUGUGACCUCAAAAACCCAAACCCAGACAACCAUGUCGAACUCCACCGCCUCCACCGACGACGUCGAAUUGUAUUUCUACUCUCCCUCCACACCCGCAGCCGUCAUCUUCUCCGUUCUCUACGCCGUCCUGACCCUGUGGCACUUCUACAUCAACUUCAUAUCCUCCCGCCACUGCGCCAUCAAACACAAAUAUACCAUCCCGCUGUUCGUCGCGGGCCUCAUAUCCACGUGCGGAUGGUCUGUCCGAAUCGCCUCCAUACAUAACAACUCCUCCAUCCCCCUAUAUGCGAUAUCGGCCUCUUACAUCGUCAUCUCGCCCAUCUUUGUCUGCGCCACGCUUUACCUGCUCCUGACGCGUCUGAUCCGCACGACUCUGCCCGACGGACCCGACCGCGUUUUCUUCCGCAUCAGCCCCCGCUGGCUUGGCCGAGUUUUCAUCACCAGUGAUGUAGUGAGUUUCCUCACACAAUGUUCCGGCUCGGGCAUCGCGAGUUCAGGCAAUUGGGAAGGCAACCUCAAAGAUAUCGGAACGAAUGUACUGCUCGUUGGACUGGCACUGCAACUGGCGACGUUCACCGUCUUCCUGCUCCUUAUGGGGAGAUUCGUGACGAGGGUGAAGGGAAAUCAAGAGACUGGAUUCAAUCCGUGUGUGAAGAAGGUGAUUUUGGGGGCGUGGGUCGCCAGCUUCUUCGUCCAGGUCCGCUCGAUCUACCGUGUCGUCGAAUUUGCCCUCGGAAUCGACGGGUAUCCUUUUAACCACGAAUGGUGUCUGUACGUCCUGGAGGGCACACCAAUGUUCUGUGCCCUGGCCGUCCUCGCGUGGUAUCAUCCGACUCGUUGGAUGCAGCAGAAGCCACGGACCGAUUUUGGGAUGGAGAAUUUUGGGCCUGAUGGGAAGAGGCCGAAUGCUAGGUUGAAUCGCGCCUAAGCUUGAGACGCAGGCGAAAUCAGGCAAUGCCAACAAGUGCUGCUGGAUUAAAGAGACGGAGCCUGAUAUAAACAGGAUCAUGAGUUGAGGUGAUCAAGAAGGAAAACGAGUUGGCCAGAUGGCGAGAGGGCUUCUCAUAGACUGUGGCCCUUGCGAGUGCCGCCUGCGCCCAAUUCGAGGGGUGCAGGGAGGGUGGUGUCUGCUGCGUUACAACUUGGGUGUUUGUGUGGUGUUUGGUCUGUGAUGUAGUUGGUUUGUUACUCGAUGCCAUUUGGGCGUUGUGGAGUCAAGAAUUUAGAGAAGUUCAGAGUUGAGAAGAGGUAUCUGAGUGAUCAUUUCGCUGCG